AUGCGGGGACACCGCGACGAGGAGGAAUGCUGCAGCGAAGGUCCUCUGCUCUGUGCAGCAAACGCCGCCGCCGCCGCCGCCGGCCCAGAGCACGAUCAAGGGCCUGCUGCUGGUGUGCAGGUUGUUAUCGUUGGGGCCACGAAAGAGAUCGGGAGGACGGCCGUUCUUGCGGUGAGCAAGGCUAGGGGGAUGGAGCUUGCAGGGGCGAUCGAUUCUCAGUGCAUUGGCGAGGACGCAGGACAGAUAAGUGGCAUGGACGAGCCGUUGGAGAUCCCUGUGCUGAACGACCUCACCAUGGUUCUAGGCUCCAUAGCGCAGUCGAGGGCAACUGGCGUGGUUGUCGAUUUCAGCGAGCCUUCAGCUGUUUACGACAAUGUAAAGCAGGCAGCGGCGUUUGGUUUAAGCAGCGUCGUCUACGUUCCAAAAAUUGAGUUAGAUACAGUAACUGAACUGUCAGCAUUUUGCGAGAAGGCAAGCAUGGGCUGCUUGGUUGCACCAACAUUAUCAAUUGGCUCCGUGCUCCUUCAGCAAGCUGCUAUACAGGCCUCAUUCCACUACAGCAACGUCGAGAUUGUGGAAUCAAGACCUAACCCAUCGGAUCUGCCUUCGCAAGAUGCAAUACAGAUUGCAAAUAACAUAUCAGAUCUUGGUCAGAUAUACAACAGGGAAGAUAUGGAUUCCAGUAGUCCAGCCAGAGGCCAACUACUUGGGGAAGAUGGAGUGCGUGUGCAUAGUAUGGUUCUCCCUGGUCUUGUUUCCAGCACAUCAAUCAACUUCUCAGGCCCAGGAGAGAUUUACACCUUACGGCAUGAUGUUGCAAAUGUUCAAUGCCUGAUGCCAGGACUAAUCCUGGCAAUACGGAAGGUGGUACGGUUGAAGAACUUGAUUUAUGGGCUAGAGAAGUUCUUGUAG